AUCAACCAAUCCAUAACUCGAAACCUUUUCUUGUGCUCUGUUCUGUCUGUGUGUUUCCAAAGCAAACGAAAGAGGUCGAGGAUGUCUUGCAGCUGCGGAUCAAGCUGCAACUGCGGAUCAAGCUGCAAGUGCGGCAAGAUGUACCCUGACCUGGAGGAGAAGAGCGGCGGGGGCGCUCAGGCCAGCGCCGCCGCCGUCGUCCUCGGCGUUGCCCCUGAGACGAAGAAGGCGGCGCAGUUCGAGGCGGCGGGCGAGUCCGGCGAGGCCGCUCACGGCUGCAGCUGCGGUGACAGCUGCAAGUGCAGCCCCUGCAACUGCUGAUCCUGCUGCGUUGUUUCGUUUGCGGCAUGCAUGGAUGUCACCUUUUUUUUACUGUCUGCUUUGUGCUUGUGGCGUGUCAAGAAUAAAGGAUGGAGCCAUCGUCUGGUCUGACUCUGGCUCUCCGCCAUGCAUGCUUGGUGUCGGUUCUGUUGUGCUUGUGUUGGUGCAUGUAAUCGUAUGGCAUCGUUACACACCAUGCAUCUCUGAUCUCUUUGCGCCAGUGUGUGUGACUAUGUCCCUGUAACGAUUGGCUCAGUGAUUGAAUAUAUAUACAAUACUGUUUUAC